GAGCCUCUGGAAGAAGAGAGCAGGAGAAUGAAGCCCUGAAUGCUGGCUCUCAUUCACUCAGCCUGAGACCGCACGAGCAGCACCGUAUUGCGGGCUCUCCUGGAUCUAUUCUUCAUACUGACGUGCUUCUUUUACUUUUCUUGAACAGACCAAUGUUGGAUAUAUGUUAAGCCUCCGUGGACUAUCCAUAAGAAGGAAUGCAUCUUUUCCUCGUGAAACUAAUUGUUGUGAUAUCACUCAAUACUUUGACGCAAGGCCUGGAAUGUUCAGAAAAAUGCCAAAACGGAGGCACGUGUGAACCAACUGCAGACGGGAGAGGAGAAUGCAAGUGUCUGGAUCUGUACGCCGGCCCAGCGUGCCAGUUCCGCAACCCUUGCCUCCAAUCCCCAUGCAGAAAUGGUGGCGUGUGCCGUUUGAUCACUUCUGCCAACAAGGUGGACUUUGUCUGCAACUGCAGCCUGGGCUACACGGACCGACUGUGCCUCACUCCCACCAACAACGUGUGCCUUGGUGCCCCUUGCCGAAACGGAGGCACGUGCGAACUCACCAGCAUCCACAACUACAGGUGUAAAUGCCCACCAGGCUGGUCAGGUAAAACCUGCCAGCAAGCUGAUCCCUGUGCCUCAAAUCCUUGUGCCAAUGGUGGUCAGUGUAGCCCCUUUGAUUCGGACUUCCUCUGCCACUGUACACCGUACUUCUCAGGCCAGACCUGCAAACAAGAUGUCAACGAGUGCGCGCAGAUUCCCUCUCCGUGUAAGAACGGUGGCGUGUGUGAGAACGGAGUGGGCACGUAUCACUGCAACUGUCCCGCCGAGUACACUGGGAAACACUGCGAGAGUCUGUAUCAGCCCUGUAACCCCUCGCCAUGCUUCCACGGGGGCACCUGCGUACAGAAGGGGGAGACCAGCUACGAGUGCUCCUGUCUGCCAGGCUUUAGUGGGCAGAACUGCGAAGAAAACAUUGAUGAUUGUCCAGAUCAUCGCUGCCUUAAUGGAGGGACCUGUGUGGAUGGAGUGAACACCUACAAUUGCCAGUGCAAACCAGAGUGGACAGGUCAGUUCUGUACUGAAGAUGUCAAUGAGUGCGAUUUGAUGCCCAACUCUUGCCAGAACGGUGGCACGUGCUUGAACACGCAGGGUGGGUAUAACUGUGUGUGCGUGAACGGCUGGACGGGGGACGACUGCAGCGAGAACAUCGACGACUGCGCAGAUGCUGCCUGUCAUACUGGAGCCACAUGCCAUGAUCGGGUGGCCUCCUUCCUCUGCGAAUGUCCUCACGGGCGCACAGGUCUGUUGUGUCAUCUAGAUGAUGCUUGCAUUAGUAACCCGUGUCAAAAAGGCUCUAACUGUGACACCAACCCAGUGAACGGCAAGGCCAUCUGUACCUGUCCACUGGGUUAUGUUGGGCCGGCCUGUGACCAAGACGUUGACGAAUGCUCACUAGGUGCAAACCCUUGUGAACAUGCUGGAAAGUGUAUAAACACAAAAGGUUCCUUCCAGUGUAAAUGUCUGCAGGGAUACGUGGGAGCUCGAUGUGAGCUGGACAUAAACGAGUGCAUGUCCACCCCAUGCCAAAACGACGCAACCUGUUUGGAUCAGAUUGGAGGCUUCCAUUGCAUCUGUAUGCCAGGGUACGAGGGAGUCUUCUGUCAGAUCAAUACCGAUGAGUGCGCCAGCAUGCCCUGCCUCAACAAUGGAAAGUGCAUCGACAAGAUCAACAACUACCAAUGCGAGUGCCCCACAGGAUUUUCGGGGAGCCAAUGCCAGUUCGACAUUGACGAGUGCGCUAGUACUCCAUGUAAAAAUGGGGCCAAGUGUAUGGAUGGGCCCAAUAUGUACACCUGCCAGUGCACUGAAGGAUACACAGGCCAGCACUGUGAGACAGAUGUAGAUGAGUGUCUGUCCAACCCGUGUCACUAUGGCACCUGUAAAGAUGGCCUGGCGUCCUUCACCUGCGUCUGCCGUGCGGGUUUCAUGGGCCGUCUCUGCGAGAUCAACAUUAAUGAGUGUCUCAGUCAGCCAUGCCAAAACGGAGGCACCUGCCAGGACCGCGAGAAUGCCUACUUGUGCGUCUGCCCCAAAGGAACCACAGGCGCUAACUGUGAGAUCAACCUGGAUGACUGUCAGAGCAAUCCCUGUGAUUUUGGAAGAUGCAUUGACAAGAUAAAUGCAUACGAGUGUGCCUGUGAACCGGGAUACACAGGAAAAAUGUGCAACAUCAAUAUCGAUGAAUGUGCCAUCAACCCCUGUCACAAUGGCGGAACCUGUGUGGAUGGAGUCAAUGGCUUCACUUGUCUGUGCAGAGAGGGCUAUCAUGACACUACCUGCCAAUCACAGCUCAACGAAUGCCUUAGCAACCCCUGUAUCCAUGGACACUGUGAAGACAAAGUCAAUGGAUAUAACUGUAUUUGCGACUCUGGCUGGAGUGGAGUCAACUGUGACAUUAACAACAACGAGUGCGAGUCCAACCCCUGUAUGAAUGGAGGGACUUGUAAGGACAUGACCAGUGGCUAUGUCUGCACAUGUCGCGCAGGCUUCAGCGGUCCCAAUUGCCAAACGAAUAUCAAUGAAUGCGCCUCCAACCCCUGCUUGAAUCAAGGAACCUGCAUCGAUGAUGUGGCCGGAUAUAAAUGCAACUGUCUGCUUCCUUACACUGGCGAGAACUGUGAGACCCUGUUGGCCCCAUGUGGCUCUAAACCCUGUAAGAAUGGAGGUGUUUGCAAGGAAUCCGAAGACUACGAGAGCUUCUCUUGUGUGUGUCCUGAGGGAUGGCAAGGCCAAACAUGUGAGGUGGACAUCAAUGAGUGUGUUAAAAAUCCUUGCCGAAAUGAUGCCAUCUGCCAAAACUCCAUUGGCAGCUACAAGUGCAGUUGCAAAGCGGGCUACACGGGCCGCAACUGUGAGACGGACAUUGAUGACUGCAAACCUAACCCCUGCAGUAAUGGUGGCUUCUGCAAAGAUGCAGUGAACGCCUUCGCUUGCACCUGCCUGCCAGGUUUCAGGGGCAGGAGAUGCGAGGAGGACAUUAACGAAUGUGAGAGUAACCCGUGUAAAAACGGUGCCAACUGCACUGAUUGUGUGAACAGCUACACCUGUACAUGUCCGCCUGGAUUCAGUGGGAUUCAUUGCGAGAACAACACACCUGACUGUACUGAGAGCUCUUGUUUUAAUGGCGGCACAUGUGUGGAUGGCAUCAACAGCUUCACUUGCCUGUGCCCUAAAGGCUUCACUGGCAACUACUGCCAGCAUGACAUCAACGAGUGCGACUCAAGACCCUGCAUGAAUGGAGGCACCUGCCAGGACAGCUAUGGCACCUACAAGUGCACCUGCCCUCAGGGAUACCACGGACUUAACUGUCAGGAGCUGGUGAACUGGUGUAAGCCAUCUCCCUGUAAGAAUGGAGGGAUCUGCAGACAGAGCGGCACGAGAUACAGCUGUCAGUGUCAGACAGGCUGGACUGGUUUAUACUGUGACGUUCCCAGUGUUUCCUGCGAGGUGGCCGCCAAACAGCAAGGUGUAGAUGUGGUCCGGCUAUGUCGUAACUCUGGCCAGUGUCUGGACGCUGGAAACACACACUAUUGUCACUGUCAGGCCGGAUACACAGGCAGCUACUGCGAGGAGCAGGUGGACGAAUGCAUUCCCAAUCCGUGCCAGAACGGAGCAACUUGCACCGACUACCUGGGUGGAUACUCCUGUGAAUGUGUGCCAGGUUAUCAUGGAGUGAACUGCUCUGACGAGAUCAAUGAGUGUCUGUCUCAGCCCUGCCAGAACGGGGGCACAUGCAUCGACCUGAUCAAUACCUACAAAUGCUCCUGUCCUCGGGGAACACAAGGUGUGCACUGCGAGAUCAACAUUGACGACUGCACACCGUUCACGGACCCCGUGACCCAUGAGCCCAAAUGCUUUAACCAGGGCCGCUGUGUGGACCGCGUGGGCGGCUACCACUGCAUCUGUCCCCCUGGGUAUGUUGGGGAACGCUGUGAGGGUGACGUCAACGAGUGCCUGUCCAACCCCUGUGGCACACACAGCUGCAUCCAGCUCAAAAACAACUACCGCUGCGAGUGUCGCACAGGAUACACAGGUCAGCAUUGUGACAAAGUGUUUGAUGGCUGUAAAGGGAAGCCGUGUCGUAAUGGAGGCACCUGCGCUGUGGCCAGUAACACUCCUCAUGGCUUUAUCUGCAAAUGUCCACCGGGUUUUACGGGCUCAACCUGUGAAUACGACGCUCAUGCAUGUGGGAGCCUUCAAUGCAAAAAUGGCGGGACGUGCGUUUCUGGUCACAAGAGUCCCAAAUGCCUGUGCACCCCUGCUUUCUCUGGUCCUGAGUGCCAGGAUCCCAGCGGGGGCCACUGCACCACCAAUCCCUGCUAUAACGGAGGCACGUGCGUGUAUAUAGCCGAGGAGCCGUAUUACCAUUGCAUCUGUCCCACCAACUUCAACGGUCUCUUCUGCCACAUCCUGGACUGGAGUUUUCCAGGCGGCACCGGUCAGGACAUCACACCGGCUCCUGAGGUGUCGGUCAGCUGCGAGAUUGAGCAGUGUAAAGUCAAGAAGGGCAAUAAGAUCUGCGACAGCGCAUGUAAUAAUUACGCUUGCGAUUGGGAUGGUGGGGACUGUUCGCUGAACUUUAAUGACCCAUGGCAGAACUGUUCGGCAGCGCUGCAGUGCUGGCGCUAUUUUAAUAAUGGGAAAUGUGACGAACAGUGCCACAACGCGGGAUGCCUCUAUGAUGGAUUCGACUGCCAGAGACUUGAGGGACAGUGCAAUCCACUAUACGAUCAGUAUUGCAAAGACCACUUUGCAGAUGGCUACUGUGACCAGGGCUGCAAUAAUGCCGAAUGUGAAUGGGACGGCCUGGACUGUGCCAAUGACACCCCAGAGAAGCUGGCUGCAGGACUGCUGGUAGUGGUGGUCCACAUUCACCCCGAUCAGCUCCGAAACAAUUCAUUCGGGUUUCUGCGGGAGCUCAGCCGAGUGCUUCACACCAACGUGGUUUUCCGGCGGGACAGCAAGGGGCAAGAAAUGAUCUACCCAUAUUACGGCAAUGAGCAGGAACUGAGGAAACAUAACAUCAAACGAUCACUAGAUGGCUGGAACGACGCUUCUAGCGAUGUUUUGAGCUCAAUGAAAAACAGUAUUUACAAUAUAGUAGUGGAAGGAGGGAGAAAACGCAGAGAACUAGAGAAGAUACAAGUCAAAGGCUCUGUGGUUUAUCUGGAGAUCGACAAUCGCCAGUGCUACCAGCAAACCUCCGAAUGCUUCCAGAGCGCCAACGACGUGGCGGCAUUCCUCGGAGCGUUGGCUUCCAGCGGCAGUCUUAAAAUGCCUUACGUCAUCGAGGCCGUCACAAGUAAGAUCGAUGGACCGUCGCCUGUAGAGCUCUAUCCAGUCUACGUGGUUCUGGCAGGACUGGCGCUGCUGGCCUUUGUCGCCAUUGGGAUGGUGGCGUCCCGUAAACGGCGUCGGGAACACGGACAGCUUUGGUUUCCGGAGGGUUUCAAGACCAGCGAGCCCAGCAAGAAGAAGAGGAGAGAGCCAGUCGGAGAAGAUUCAGUCGGUUUGAGGCCACUUAAGAACUGCUCAGACAUUUCAUUAAUGGAUGACAACCAGAAUGAAUGGGGAGAAGAGGAACAAUCCGACACCAAACGCUUCAGGUCUGAGGAGCAGGCGAUGCUGGAUUUAGACGAUCAGCCAGAUCACAGACAGUGGACGCAGCAGCAUUUGGACGCAGCCGAUCUGCGCAUCCCAUCCAUCGCUCCCACACCGCCUCAGGGCGAGAUAGAGAACGACUGCAUGGACGUCAAUGCCCGAGGACCAGAUGGCUUCACUCCUCUGAUGAUUGCGUCCUGCAGUGGAGGAGGGCUCGAAACGGGAAACAGCGAGGAAGAGGAAGACGCUUCAGCAAACGUCAUCAAUGACUUCAUCUAUCAGGGCGCCAAUCUUCACAACCAGACAGACCGCACGGGUGAGACGGCUCUACACCUGGCUGCCCGCUACGCCCGCUCAGAUGCUGCGAAACGGCUGCUGGAGGCCAGUGCUGAUGCUAACAUCCAGGACAAUAUGGGCAGGACUCCAUUACAUGCUGCUGUGGCUGCUGAUGCCCAAGGCGUCUUCCAGAUUUUGAUACGGAACCGCGCCACAGAUCUAGACGCCCGCAUGCAUGAUGGCACCACACCUCUGAUACUGGCAGCCAGACUGGCUGUCGAGGGCAUGGUGGAGGAACUCAUCAACUGCCAUGCUGAUGUCAACGCCAUUGAUGAUUUUGGUAAAUCUGCUCUUCACUGGGCUGCAGCUGUGAACAAUGUAGAUGCAGCGAUGGUAUUGCUUAAGAACGGGGCAAAUAAAGAUAUGCAGAACAAUAAGGAGGAGACUCCUCUUUUCCUGGCAGCAAGGGAAGGAAGCUACGAGACGGCUAAAGUUCUUCUGGAGCAUUUCGCUAACCGGGAGAUCACCGACCACAUGGAUCGACUCCCACGGGACAUCGCUCAAGACAGAAUGCAUCAUGACAUUGUGCGCCUCAUCGACGAAUACAACCUGGUGCGUAGUCCUCCCAUGCACAGCGCCCCGCUAUGCACCACCCUCUCCCCACCCCUCUGCUCCCCCAAUGGCUUUAUGGGCAACAUGAAGCCCUCGGUGCAAAGCAAAAAACCCCGCAAGCCCAGCACUAAAGGCAUCGGCUGCAAAGACGGCAAAGAUAUGAAAGUCAAAAAGAAGAAAGCGCAAGACGGAAAGGGAAACUUAUUAGAAAGCUCAGCUGUUCUCUCUCCGGUAGAUUCCCUAGAGUCGCCUCACGGGUAUAUUUCUGACAUCGCCUCGCCACCCCAGAUGACAUCACCCUUCCAACAAUCGCCCUCCAUGUCGCUCAAUCAGCUACAGGGAAUCUCAGACAACCACAUGGGUGUCAGCCAUCUUGGAAUUGGCAACAACCAAGAUCUUUCCCAUUUACAGUUUGAUCCAUUGCCUCCACGUCUCACUCAUCUUCCCGUGGCCGGAUCGAAUGGUUCAAACGUCAUGAACGGCCAAUGCGAAUGGCUAGGGCGGAUGCACGGUAGCAUGGCUCCGCAAAACCAAUUCACAGCCAUGAGGAACGCCUCAGGUCAACCCAACCUUCACCAAUCGGGUUUGAUGACGUCGCACCACAAUGGCCGCCCUGCCACACUCUCUCAAAUGAUGAACUAUCAAAGCCUGCAAAACACACAUCUAAUGCAGCAGAUGCAGCAGAGCAUGCAGCCGCGGCCCCAGCAGACCGGCGUCCAGCUGCAGAGCCAGAGCCAGAACUUCAUCGGGGGUGAUCUGGGUGGACCGGAGCUCCAGCAGAGCGCGGGGAACAGCAUGUCCAUCCACACUAUAAUCCCCCAGGAGACCCAGCUGCUCAACCCGUCCUCUCUGGGGUCCAGCAUGGCGGGCACACAGUUCCUGACGCCACCUUCCCAACACAGUUACACUCCUGCAUUGGAUGCCAACACUCCCAACCACCAACUCCAAGUGCCUGACCACCAUCCUUUCCUCACGCCGUCUCCCGGUUCUCCAGAUCAGUGGUCCAGCUCGUCGCCCAAUUCCAACAUGUCCGACUGGUCAGAGGGUAUUUCCAGUCCUCCCACCAGCAUGCAGUCGCAAAUCGGACACAUGCCAGAGCAAUUCAAGUAGAACAAUGAGUUUCGCUAAAUGAAGGCACAUUCCGUAAGCCUGCUUAUACUGAAGGGUCUUUUAUAUGCCUCUUGUACUAACCUUUUUUUUUCUUUAAUUUAUUGUUAUUUAUAUACUUGUCAUCAUUUCUUUUUAAAUUUGGGCACAAGAAAUUAAAUCUUAAAGUCGGCAUGAAAUGAAAGUUAAAAUUGUUGAUUUUCCGCCUAUUGUUACAUACAUCCGAAUCAAACGGUUUGUGAAAUUAGGAAAAAAAUGUAGGGCGGGGCUUGAUUAUGUCCGAAUGGAUCAUUGGAAGCUUUGCAAAAUUGGGUAAUAUUUGAAUGCCAGUUUGCGAUGAGUUGUGGAGAAUUAGGGCUGGUUUAUAUUUCUGUGUUGCUCUGCAAUAACACUUCCGAAACACUAGCUGGCAGUAGGUUCUUAUGUUCGUUUGUGUCGAGUUUCUUUGCUGGUGUUUUGUUUUUUCUGGAUGCUACCGUACAAUGUACUAAAACUCGCUCAUUCUGAGGUGGGAACCAGCGGACGUGCAACAACUUUAAUCAUAAGGUAAACACAAAACAAAAGUUCUUUGUUUUGAAGAGCUCAAGACACUUGUAAACACUCGUUCCAACGGAAUCGCGUGGCUCUCACCCCCGCCCACACUCGGCAGCGCUACAAAGCCAACCAAUGACGAAGCUUGCGCUACGUGUCGUUGCGAUGUGUAGUUACAUUUUUUAAGACGUGUGCAUCAAUGCGACCGCACGAAGGCUGCGCCGGACCAUAUGUGUGCACUUGAUGCAGAAGUAUAAAUGAGCUUUACUGUCCAUCGUAUGGUUGUCAUGAUACUGAAUUUCGGUACUAAUCAGUACUGAAAUUUAAAAAAUGUCCAUUUACUGCUAACCUUUGAGCGCUGUUGUCUGUACGUGCUCAACAUCGCUGAAAUAUAUCACUGUUGGUCAAAUUAAAUGUUUUCAAAUGCUAAAUUUUACAAAUGGAAUCGUACUAUUAGCUUUUUAAGUGUGACGUCAUGCGAAGCGGCUUCCGGGUCUAAGUGCUCUACCUAACUGUAUAGGGAGUAAUAAACAAAUGGCAAUAAUAAACGUUUAUAAAGCGAUGUAAUACUUUCAAAAAUCACGAUCGCAAUAUAUAUAUAUAUAUCCAUGCCUAAUAUCCGAUGGCUAGAAAGUGAUGGAUUUUUUAUAAAUUGUUAAAAUAUUGAUGUCUGUGAUGCAGAGACUGUUGUGUACAUCAUGAUUUCAUAUAAAAGUCACUUUAAUGUGUGAUAUGACUAAAAAGUGGUCAUAAACGAAUGUUUACACAAUUCAAAUGAGUAGCGACUUGGACCCAGAAACAGUUUUCCGUACGUCACGACUUAACAAGCGGAUAUUUGUUCGAACCACUAACUCACGUGUAACAAGACCUGCACUGAUGGCCCCACCCUAAAGGACUGAUACCCCCAUCUUAAAGGCAGACAGUGUGACCAGAAGUGAAGAAAAGUUGUUUCGAGGGGGGAGGGAAGGUUAUGUUAUUUUAUAAAAAAAUUAUGAGCAUUAUUAUGAAGUAAGGAUUUUGAAAAUUGCAGUACGGGCGAUGCGGUGGCGCAGUAGGUAGUGCAGUCGCUCACAGCAAGAAGGUCGCUGGUUCAAGCCUCAGCUGGGUCAGUUGGCAUUUCUGUGUGGAGUUUGCAUGUUCUCCCUGCGUUCACGUGGGUUUCCUCUGGGUGGUCCAGUUUCCCCCACGGUCCAAAGACAGACGGUACAGGUGAAUUGGGUAGGCUAAAUUUUCCGUAGUGUAUGUCUGUGUGAAUAAUUGUGUAUGUGUUUGUGGAAGGGCAUCCGCUGCAUAAAACAAAUUCUGGAUAAGUUGGCGGUUCAUUCCGCUGUGGCGACUCCAGAUUAAUAAAAGUACUAAGCUGAAAAGAAAAUGAAUGAACGAUUGAAAAAUUGCAGUACCAAUUGGUACCAAAAUUCAGUAUCGCGACACUAGUCCACCGGAAUUACCGUCAGUCAAAUUAAAUGUUUUAAGAUGCCCGAUGAUGAGAAAGAGAAGCGGAAUCGUACUAUCUUUGGACCAUUAGCUCACGUGCAACAAGACCAGCAUUGAUAGCCCCGCCCUAAAUCAGACCAUGUGAGCAGAAGUUAAAAAAAGUCAUUUUGAGGGGGGAGGGAAGGUUAUUGAAGUACUGUACGUCAAUUAUAACAAGCACUACUAUUUACAUUUUUAUUUCAUGCCGACUUUAAAGAAUGAAGAAGGUCAGUACUGUUGACAGUAAUACACUGUAGUCAAAUGGGUAACACACUGGGUAUUUAUUGGUCUUAAAAUAUGCCUGUAUUUUAUUUUGUUUUGUUUUUUUGUUCAGUUGAUCGGCCAUCUUUUCAGUUUUAUUUGAACUAAUAUUGUAAAAACGUUGUACAAAUGCGAAGGUCAUGUACGGGCAUUUUAGAGAGCAUGUUUUUGUACAACAAACUUCAGUGUUAAAGUAGACUUAUGUUGUCUGAAACAAGCUGCUUUUCCGUUACUGAGACGAAUGAAUUUGCUAUGAUAUUUGUUCUCGUUAGGUUGGUAUGUGUGCGUCACAAGGUUUAUACUACAAAUAAGUAGCGGUAUUAUAAUUGAACAUUUGUAUAGUUCAAAGUGAUUUUUUUCUCUUUCUUUCUCCAUUUCUUGUAUGAUAAACUCUUGCAAAUGCAGAUUUUUGUAAACGUCCACUGUGAGCGUGGAUGUGAAAGUGAGGAUCUGAGCUAUUUACAGGAAAUACUUGACAUUAGCUUGUAUGAAACAGGUGGUAAUGUCAAGUCGCUUGUAUCUUUCCUCUGGUUUUGUAGAACUGGUCACGUGGCCAACAAGUGUCUGGGAUUUAUGAGGUGUUUCAAAUUGAACUUCUCUUUACUGUACUUCCAGUUUUGUAUCUUCGUUCGAGCCUAUGGCUGAUGUAUAUAGAUAUAUUUUAUGCGUUGUCAUGUAAACAGGAUUUUGUUUCAGAAAUCUUAAGUGUGCCAUGGAAAUUUGAACUAUUUUAAUGCUACGUAGUUAUGUUUUCUAUCAUACGCAGAACGUCUAUUUUAUAGAUAAAUCUAAGAAUAUGUAUACACAAGAAUGAUUAGAGGAUACACCAGAAAGAAUAACAUAGAUGAUUUUUGACUUGAUAUUUAUUGACCACCAAUAAUGUUCUAUAAAAACAAGUUAAAAGGUCCCUAAAGGGAUAUGGUGGUGGUGUCAUAUAUAUCCUCUUUAAGCCAUCAGUACUUCUGAGUUCAUCGGAUUUGAACAGCACUGAGUAUAAAAUGUCUGUAAAUAUUACCCAUCUGCUAAAGUGUAGUUUACAUGCAGAGUAUUUGUCAGUUCUACUGUCUGUACAGUUUCUAUGAAUAAUAAAAGAUCCCAUUGUGUAUUCAGAA